GCGUGCGGAGGUGGAGCUGAGCCUCCUCUCCGCUCAGUCUGUCUGCGGGUUCGGCGCAGAUCGGUGCGCAGAGCCGGAGCGGACAAAGUGCCGCCGCGAGCCUCCUGCGAUGCUCCUGGAACUCCCGCUCCUGUCCGCCCGCUCUUCCCUCCUCCGUCCCGCGCUCCGACGCGACUUCUCCCGCGCGUAAAAGUCAUGUCGUACCCUCAGGGCUUCCUGUUCCAGCCCCACGCGCCUCUGGCUCUGCACUCCUCCUUCGGCUCCGGCCUCCUCCUGGGAGCGCGCUCCGAGGAGCUCGGCCGUUCCGCGUCCGGCUCCGCCUUCGCUCCGUACUCCGGACCGGCGACCUCCCCCGGCUUCGGCCCCCAGCUGCCGUACGGAGGGGAGCCGCGCGCCGCCGCGGCGCUCAGCUCCUAUGUGAGUCCGGGUUAUGACCCGUCCUCGGGCAUCUCCGGGUCCUUGGACUACCACCCGUUUGGGGCGCUGGGCCCAUAUCCGUAUGGAGACCCCGCCUACAGGAAGAACGCCACACGGGAUGCCACGGCCACGCUGAAGGCCUGGCUUAGCGAGCACCGGAAGAACCCGUACCCCACCAAGGGCGAGAAGAUCAUGCUGGCCAUCAUCACGAAGAUGACCCUGACGCAGGUGUCCACCUGGUUCGCCAACGCCCGGCGCCGGCUGAAGAAGGAGAACAAGAUGACGUGGACGCCACGGAACAGGAGCGAGGACGAGGAAGAGGAGGACAACAUCGACCUGGAACGCAACGAAGAAGACGAGGAGCCACUGAAGGCGAGCGGCGAGGAGACGGAGCCGAAGCGUGAGGCUGACUCCCACAGUGUGGCGUUCAGAGAGGACGGCGGCAGCGACGCCGAUCGAGGAUUCGACGAGCUGGACUUUAAGGACUCCCCCGUGGACCGGAGACCCGCGGACAUGUCGACGGACCCUCCUCGGAGCGCUCCCCCGGAGACGCUCAGAGUGCUGGAGGGGGCGCGCACGCCGAGCCCGCGGUCUAAGGAGCGCCCCUGCGGCACCACCCAGGGGCCGAACGUGGCCCCCAAACCCAAACUCUGGUCGCUCGCCGAGAUCGCCACGUCUUCGGACAAAAGCAAAGGAUGUAGUGACUCACAGAGCGUGGGGGCGGGGCAGCAACGGACCCCGUUCCCCCACGGCCCCGCCUUGCCCCGACACUUCUAUUACGCCUCCCCCUUCAUCCCCGGAUACUCCGCCUACGGCCCCCCGGGGCCCCUGUGUAAGUGUGCCGACCGCAGCGCAGCACCCACCUGA